AUGGACAAGGCCCCAUCUGGAGGCGGCCUUGCGAGCCUCAUCCUAUCGAAGAACCUGAAUAUGAGUGCCCUGAAGAACCUGUCGCUGAGAGAAUUGGACGAUUCUGAUAACGGGGGCCUCCUCGAUUUGGCAAUGGAAUCCGGUCAAACCCAAAUGACAAUUGAGCUCAGUAUUUGGAGCUCAGCCAUGGCGCUUUCCCAUGACUUGCUAGGACGUGCCACUAAAUUGAGAGUAUACACUGUCACGGACAAAUACUCCGUGCUAAGGCAUUCGCGUCCGUUCGUCCUGUACCGGUCCACGAAGACAACCGUGCCCAUCUCUAUUUUUGGAUCCCAACCACUACCCAAGAAACGUCGUGUCUUUCUACAGAAACGAGGUUAUAGAACGGGCCUGUUUGGAUGGGCGAUUGGCUCUCUCCUAGGGGGUUCCAAGCUUCCAGGAAUCGAGGUGACACCUGCUACUCAAGAGUCGUAUUCAGCGAUACCCGCAUCAUUGCAAAGCUCGUUCAAGAAAGAUAUCGAAAAUGUCUGGAGACCAUAUAAUCUUACCAACCACAAACUCCUAGAGUCGAUGCAAAUCGCCGUUAGUCCAACAUUCCGAAUAGUAAGUGUGACCUGGGCAAGCGCGUCUCCUCAAGGAGCUAGCAUUGCUGGGCUGAUCACUCACUGGACACCUGGACCGGUGAAAUCUUUCAUCGUGAAGAAUGCUUACCAAUACGCGGGUGGACCAGAUCCCCAAACAGUCGACGAACAAUACCGAAUCACAGAGAGGAUGAAAAAGGCACAAGAGAACUUCAACCGUAAAAUACCAUAUGGUGCCGCUUCCAUCCGUACGAUAUAUGACCUGGAGAAGGAUGAAGAGUUAGGUAGACAGGGAGCGGCAGAGAUGUAUCCAGAGCUUCUUACCCUGCAAUUAAAUGCAGUCUAG